UUGGUUGCGAAGCGAGAAGGAGUAGGCUUCGGUUGUGGUUGGUCUCAUUUUCUUUACGGUGAAGGCCGCCCGGAAGUAGCUCUUCGGACAAGUUGGGGAGAAAACAACCAAAACGGCGGAGUUUAAAACGGCGGCUGGGCUUCCUCGAGGCUACUUGAGCCAUGGCGGGCACAGCGCUCAAGCGGUUAAUGGCGGAAUAUAAGCAAUUGACUUUGAAUCCUCCUGAAGGCAUAGUAGCAGGGCCUAUGAAUGAAGAAAAUUUCUUUGAGUGGGAAGCUUUGAUAAUGGGUCCAGAAGACACUUGCUUUGAGUAUGGUGUUUUCCCUGCUAUUCUGAGUUUUCCUCUUGAUUAUCCCUUAAGUCCUCCAAAGAUGAGGUUCACGUGUGAAAUGUUUCAUCCCAACAUUUAUCCAGAUGGGAGAGUUUGCAUUUCCAUUCUUCAUGCUCCUGGAGAUGAUCCCAUGGGCUAUGAGAGCAGUGCAGAACGAUGGAGUCCUGUGCAAAGUGUAGAGAAGAUCCUCUUGUCAGUGGUUAGCAUGCUAGCAGAACCAAAUGAUGAAAGUGGAGCCAAUGUGGAUGCUUCUAAAAUGUGGCGAGAAGACAGAGAGCAGUUCAACAAAAUAGCCAAGCAAAUUGUCCAGAAAUCACUUGGUCUUUAAAAAAACACAAAAACAAAAUAAAACAUGAAACUUGACAAUCCUACUGUUGAACUUUUUACAGACAGAGAGCAAUAAUAGUACUCUGAGUUGGUACCAAAAGGCAAAUCUUGCAAAAUUGUUCAUGAGUUUUUUGCAUGCACCAACUCUUUUACACUUUGGAAGAAAAAUCGUUCUCAGUUUAAGACAUACCAGUAGAUGGAUUGCAAGUACUGUAGUGCCGUAAUCAGUUUCUAUUAGUAAAAACUUGUUGUUAUAUCUCUCCAGUUAUAUUUAUAAUGAUUAUUGUAUUACCUUUCAUUGCAGUACCAUUCACCUGUGUAAGUAGUGGGAUUGAGACGAUCUGUGAAUACCUUAGUGCUUAGAAAAGUAUUAAAAUAUUGUUAGUGGAACCUGUUUGCUGCCAAUGAGAGUUAUCCUUUUAAGGAUAUUUUAUUUACAUAAUCUAAUUUAAAAAAAAGAAUGUUGACCUUCAAAAUGCUACACAAUAAAAUGAACGAUCUUUGUCCUGGGGAAGAAGUGGUCAGUGUAAUCUCAUUUCCUGAUAUAGCAUUCUGCUUGCCUAAAUGAAUAACAUUUUAUAUGAUUGGGCUUAAAGAUAUUCAAAAUCAAUAUAGGUCCUCCUGAGGCAUAAACUGAACUUGGUGUAACUCCAAUAGGCUCAGUGUUACUUGAACAAUCAUUAUUCUUAAAAAUAUUUGUUUUCUCUGAUAGGCAGCCCCUACCCAUGAUAGAUACAAGAAAUAAUAAGGUGACUAUAUUGCAGAAGAGCAAACUUUUCCCAGUUCAGAUCAAUGAGCUUUUGUGUCUAAUAUAAAUAAUCACUAUUAAAUCUAAAAUUGUCUACUCAGUAGUUCGAAUGGAGCAGCAUUCAGUAUGAACUUUGCUGAAGAAUUAAUGACUUCUAAUAUCAGUUAUUCUUGUAAUUUCCUAAGGGUGCAAUUAAAGGGAAUAUGCACAUACACACACACACCAUUCCUCUAUUCAUUGAUUUAACUGGGCAGAGUUAGAGCAGUAAGGAACAGGUUUGUGAAGGAUAUUUCAUGCAUAUUGUAGAAAUCCACUACAUUAAGAGGAUCCCAAUUGCUCUACAUCUGUACUUCUUUAGGAUGUAAAGUUCAAAUAUAUCAUGUAGGAAAUAUCUUUAACAACUGAAUUAAGCCUUAAACUAUACUUAAAUGUUUCAGUUCAAUCAAAUCAGUGUUUCACAUUUAAAUCAAUAUUUUAUAGAUUGGCAGUAAGGACUAGUUCAAUAAAAUACAUUUUAAAUUCACUUCAUGUAACUUAUACUGAACUUGACUUGGUAUCAUCCAAAAUGGAAUUGCAUCCAUUGAAUUUUAGGGUUUAGUGGUAUACUUUGGCCAGUUCACAUAUUAUUGUAAUAGUAUGUUUCCAAUGGAAAUUAGUACCCUACUCUGACUGUACCACUGGAGAAGGGGAGUCCCGGCCUUUCCCUACUUAUAUGAAGCCUGAUCUUCUAAGCGCAAUGCCUUCCCAUUGGAUGAAAAUCUAAAGUAUAUUGAGAUGUGGUGGUGGUGGUGGUGGUGGUGGGAGAGAAAUGUAAACGGGUGUAGAUUGGGAUGGUGUAAAAUGAUGUAAGUGUUUUUCCAAAAUACCAUGCUGGAUGUUGCUUCUCUGCGUGUAGGACUUGUUUAUUCAUUUUAGAAUUUGUAUGGUGCAGUUUGAAGAAUGCAACGUACCUAUAUCCUUAAAGGAGAGCGUUAUAAACUUCUUUUACUUAUUUCUGGUUCAGAGUUCUGAGGAAAACCAUCUGUUCAUAUACAAUGUUCAUGCAUAUUUUUCAAAAUCAUAAUUUAAAUAUAAAAUGAAAAUAAGGGCAUAUUUUUCUUAAGAAUACAAUAUUAAUAUAUUAAUAGUUUGGAAAAUAUUGUACUUCAUCAUGGAACAAUGUGGAAGAGGGUGCAUUUUGCUGAAGUUAAAUGCCAUCAUGGUAAAAUGCAGAUUGUUGCUGAGAACAAAAGUAUAUGAGCCAAUUUGGGGUUGGAUAUUGUAGAGAUAAUGUCAGUAACACUCCUAAUUCAAUUGGCAUUUGAUGGGAGAUUGUUUAAAUUUGAAGAGAGUUAUUUUUAAAUUGCCUAUUAGGACUGGAAAGCAUUCAGAAGAUGUGCUUUGCCAAGUGUGUUAGCAUAAAUGAGUAAUUUGAAGUAUUAAAACAGCUGUAUCUUUUGCCAGGUUUAUCUGGCUGGUUCAAAAGCGGUACCUGAUUGACUGUGUGUGCAUCUGCAUGUGCAAACUCCACUUGUGGGGCCAGGCUGUGAUUGCACAUGCAUGCAGAAUCAGGGAAGAACCUUGCAAAAGAUGGAGAUGCUUUAACACUUCAAAGAAAGGUGCUUUGCCCUUGCUAAGACUCUGUGCUAAACAUUUCUUUCCAAUGCCUUCCACAACCUUUUUUCAACUAUGUUUGCAUAAAACACAUCAAAAUGUUUGCCUGCUUUGAAAUAAUCAAUUUUUGAGCUUUGCAAUGUGGGUCCUGUUCUAUAGCAGGAUAUGCUGCUCCUUCAAUGGGAGAGUGAACUGCUGUAACUUGUCCUCUCUUUUUUUCACUUAUGAAUUUGCUGCUACACACUUAAGAACAGCUCCUAUAUAAAAAUGGGUGCAUUUAGAAAUGAUGUAUUUAAUAAUUAGAUAAUAGAUCCUUGAAAUUUAUUUGGCACAUAAAUAUUUGCAUACCUUCAUAUACAGUAUAAUAUGUAACACGAAUACACUGGGAAUGUAUAACCAACACAAAGAAUAGAUGUGGUCUCCCAAAACUUUUGAUGGAGCCCCUUAUAAUUUGUAGAUGAAAUGUAAUUUCUGGUAUGAUAGAAAGGAGAAAUUGCGUUAAAAUAAAUUAAACCAAAGUCA